AUGUUGGAAUCAUUGGAUUCUGAAAAUAUUCAAGAGAAAAAGAGAAAAGAAGAAAAAUCUUUAAAAGUGGAGACAUCAAAGCAAGCUACAAAUAAAAAAAUAUUACAAACAAAUGAUGAACAAUCCCAGUUGAAUUUAAAAUGCGUCACGAUUCUACAAGCAAUGAAGAUUCUCCUGACAACAACACUGAACCCCAACCACGCCAGCCACCAAAUGCUCAAAGGAGAGAUAACCUUCAAAAUGCCAAUGUGCACGCACGAGUGCUAUUCUCGCGAGACGGACAUCGUGCGACGCACGUUUGUUUUCUGGGCAAAAUUUUUCCCUACUUAA